AUGUCUGUGUAUGUGUUCUGGGACUUGGAGAACCUCUCGCCUCGGACAGGAGCCAUUCAUGCCACGGUACAGCGGCUAACGGUGGCACUCUCGGGAUUUGGUCCUCUGGCUUCCAUCAAGGCAUACUGCGAUACGACGGCGUUGGUGAAGCGGACAAGGAACAGUAUGGUGGCAAAUGGCGUGCAUUUGGUUGACGUGCCCUUUUCUCGCAAGAAGGAGACGGCGGACAAGGUCUUACUCGUCGACAUGAUGAUGAUGGCCUGCCAGGCAGCGAGUGCACGAUCGGCCGGCGAGCCGCAGAUCACGGUUGUGCUGCUCUCUUCAGACUCGGACUUUGUCUAUGGCUUGGCCAAGCUCUCGCAGCUGGGCGUGUGCACGGUGUGCGUUCGCUCGACAGCCGUCCGCACCACGCUCCUGGAUCGCCAGGUCGAUCAUGUCAUCGACUGGGAGCGGAUCCACGGCGCCGGAGCUCCACCCGAGUGUAACCGUGGCUGCCGCAACUUUUUGGCAGCGGUGAUGGGACGGCCAGGUGACGCGCCGUCUACCAUUCUCGUGGCGCCGGAGCUCGAGAUCCCGGUCGAGGCGCCCGAGGACCUGCCGCCAUCGCGACUUGUCCGAGUAGUCCUGGCACUCCGGCGGGCCCAUGGGGCCGAUCGGACUCUUCAUCCCACGCUUGCCGAUGUUGUCCGCCACUUUUGCGUCUUUUACCCGCUCCUCCACCGCUCGGUCUCCACGCAUGCUCUCAUGGCACAGUACGUGACAUGCGCCGUCCGCAGCGGGCUUAUCUCGCUCUGGCGCUCGCCCGAUUGCCGCGACAGCGAGCCGGCGCAGCCUGAGGAAGACGACGUCGCGUGGGAGAUCCAAUCGUGGGCAUCGUCGCUCCAUGGCCACGUUGACACUGCUGCCGACGCUCUGCACGAUUCAGGCUGGCUCCGCGACGAGUGGCACGCGACCGCAUCGUGGUCGGAUGAGGAUUCGCUUGAGAGCGGCGGAUCUCUCUCAAGUUCUGAGCCGUCGCCGCCUGUUUCGCUCGACGAGCUGGGAUCGCUCAACUGGGACUACGUUUAUGUCUCGCUUGGCAAAGUGCCGUGGUGGCAGGCUCACGAGCAGACCGCCCCGCCUUCAACAGCGUCCUCCAUUCCCAACAUGUCAGUCUCAUCGCCAGCCGCCCGCAGCAUCAGCGCCCGCACCCCAGAGCCGGAGCGGGCAGCAUCGCCGGUGGCCGAAGUUGCGCCGACGGUCUCUAGGCCGAGCCCCACAGCAGCAAGCCCGAGCCAAACCAGGGUCGUGUCACCGGUGACAGUAGCGACACCCACGCCAGCUCCGCUGGCGAUCAAGAAGCGAGCUCGAGAUGACGACGGCUGGCAGGAGCGGGCGCGGACGGCGGACGGAAGUGUCCACGAUGUGCAGACAUACAACACGUUUGUUGUCAUUGUCCGCGAGUUUGAGAACCAUCUCAUUGCCUCCGGCGAGCUCUCGGCUGACAACGGCGGGCCAUCGGAAGGCAUCCGGCUCUCCAAUGUUGGGCAGGUGCUUGCGCGUGUGGCACCCAAGUGGCGGCACACGCUCAAAGUCAACAAGUUGUGGAAGUGGGCGAGCAUGCUGGAGAGCGACAACCUCAUCAAGCUCUUCCACGGCUCCAACGGCGAGCUCUCGAUGCUUUCGCAUGCGCCCGAGCUCGGCCCAGAGUACGCUGCGCUUGUGCCGGUUGACGUGACGGCGCUUCCGAUCGACACGUUUGAUGCCAUCCGCGCUUGUGUCGCUGAGAUUCUCAAGCUGCCGAUGCCGCAGGUGUCUCAGGCGGCAGAGCCGGCGAGACCUGUGCAUGACGUCAAGCCGGCUACGGUGGAUGAGGAGGCCACUGGCGCACCAGCCCCACCAGACGAGCCCGAGCUGGCAGUCGGCGAUCUGGUGGGCCCGAGAGUAGCGGCACCGGUGCUCAAUCUCAAAGCGCUUCUGGAGACGCGGACGCGGCUAGUGUACAGCCACGAUGCCGGGCAUGUCAAGCUGGCAGACACAGCCAAGCUGACAAGUCAUGCCGCUGCGAGCAAGGCGCGCGGUGCUGGAUCCAAGCUGGCGCAAAUGGUACUGUCGUCGCACGGACCGCGGCAUGUCCACGAGUCACCGUUUACGACAGCCUCGCUCUCGGUCAACCGGUCUGCGCGGCUCCGGGCGCUGGAUGUCGACGCGCCGGCAAGCGUGGUGGCGCGGUCGCUAGCUAUGCGCGAUCUGGAGAGCGUGACGCUGAGCAAGAGCCACUCGCGGCUGCGCGGACUGGGCCCACGAGUGGUAGCACAGCUCUCGCCGACCAAGGCCUACCAGGUGUCGAGCAGGGUCCACGGCAGCGCGUCGCCGCUGGCCCAGAUCCAGCGCGACGACAGUGUGUCACGGCGAGCCAAGAGUCUGCGCGACGCGUCGCGAUCUCGGGUCCGCGCUGCAGUGGCGUCGCCGUCGCGCGGAGCCAAGCUUGCGGCGGUGGCGGCGCUAGCCUCGGACCUGCAUGCGUUGUCCAAGGCGUACGGACCAGACCAGGUCGCUAGCAGUGAUGCUGAGACCGAGUCGGUCGGCGACUACGAGCGGCGGCGGUGGCUUGACGAGUCAACGUCGCCAGCGUCUGCGACGCGGCGGCUGCUGGCCCCAACGCUGCGAAGGUGGCGGAUCGCCGACUCGGGUGCGGUCGGUCUUCUCGCUCUCAGCAGCAGCAAAGACCAUUGCGCGUGGCGGCUCGCCGGACCCGUCGGUCUCGCCGUCGCCGCUCAACCGAUCGUGGCAUGAGGCCGCGCACAGGUCACUUGCGGCCAUGACGCGCGCGUCGUGAGGUCAUGGCGCGAGCGGCUCUGGCACUGCAACUGGAGCCAAGAGCGGGCGCGACUCGACCUGCGCCGAAGAGACGUUGUCCAUGUCGUCGGGUGUGUCGAGAGUGAGCUCGAGAACCGGCGAGAGGAAGCGCAGCGCGACGGCGGCACAGCCUGCGCCGGCAAGCAGGAGCCCUACGAGGACGUAGAGGGUGCAGGGCAGGCACGACGAGUCGGUGGCCGAGUAAAAGCCAGAGGCAAAG